AUGAAUAACACCCGUGCCAAGGGCAAUGUCAGCAAUAUCAGUGCUACUGUGGAACUGUUCCAGCUCAUCAUGUACACCCCCACGUUCACCCUGGGAUUGCUGUUCAAUGUGAUGGCUCUGUCGUUCCUCUUCUUUAAGGUUAAAAAGCUGUCGGAAUCUACAGUCUACAUGAUAGCCCUUAUUUUCCUGGAUACUUUGCUGCUGUUCACUCUUCCUUUUAAAAUCCUUUCCUACCACCUUCAGGAUAACUGGAACUUGGGGUCUGUGUUUUGCUCCACCUUGGAGAGCCUUUAUUUUGUGAACAUGUACGGCAGCAUCCUCAUCUCCCUCUGCAUCUGCGUGGACCGGUACAUCGCCAUCCGGCACCCUUUCACAGCUCCCACCCUGCGCUCCACCAAGAAAGCUGCCAUGGUCUGUGCUGUCAUCUGCCUGGGCACCUCGGCUGGCACAGUCUCUACCUUCCAACUACAUGGAGAGGGCAACAACAUCUCAUCCUGCUUCCAUAACUUCUCCAAGAGCACGUGGGAAAACACGGGCCUGUUCAGCGCCUUGGUGACCACCUUCUUCGGCAGCAUGGCAGUCAUGACCUUCUGCACUGCCCAGACCGUCCGGUGCCUGAGGAAGCACAGAAAACCAGGCAGCCCCCCAGCACACCCCACCAGGGCAGAGAAGGUAGUGGUGGCAAACCUUGUUGCCUUUUUGGUCUGCUUCACGCCUUACCACGUGGCCUUCCUGAUGUACUUUUUGGUGAGGAAUAACAUCAUCCACGGGAGUUUUCAGCAAGGGCUACGAGACAUCCUUCAGGUCACCCUUUGCUGGGCAAACCUGAACUGCUGCCUGGAUGGGGUGUGUUAUUAUUUUGUUUUAAAGGAGUCCUUGGAUGACCCAUCACGAAACAGUGAAAAAACAGCCAUGGGAAAGCCUUGA